UCAAAAGGGUCACUCUUUUUCUUCUUGAAGGGUUACUUUUGAUGUAAAGAUAACAAGGGAUGGGAAUUCACUAGAAAAAAAAAAUAGAAGAUUCUGGAAAUUAAAACAACUUAAUAAUCAAUGCCCCUAUCAAAGGUCUAAGUUGAGGAAGCAUUGGUGACUACUAUAUUCAAUGGAGCAGGAAUCUUUAAGCAGGACAGGCAGGUUGCCUACAAAUGAUAGGAGGAUUUUGGCCAUAGGCAUUGGACUUGUGGCUGUCAUCUCUCCUCUAUACAUUGACAGUAGAAAAAACACUACUGAACCCCAGCUUGAAGAACAAACCAUCAACUUCCUCUUUCCCUAUCUUCCACUGCUCUUCUUGAUCACCCUCAUCAUGAGCAUAAGUAUUUCUCAUCAAUUGGCCCGGUUCUCAUCCUAUGAUAACAGGCUUCUAGCGAUAGGUCUUACACUUGUUGCCAUACUCUCACCUCUGUACAUCGACAGGAGAAAAUUAGUUGAUCCAGAGCUUGAAGAGCAAUCACUUGGCAUCUCUUCAUACUUGCCAUUGCUCAUGUUGUUUCUCAUCAUUGCCAUUGCUAUGUCAUGCUACUUGGACCACAGCUUUACCAGGUUCGAUCCUUACUGGAUUCACAGGGUUGGCGGUUCUUCCACUGGGAUUCUUAUUCUUCUCCUUGUUCUUGCAUUUGUUUUGAAGUUUAAAGCUCUCUAGCAUGAAUAGUGAAAGGGCUAAAGAUAUGUACAAGUUGUAUUCUUAGCGUUCAUGUGUGGUUUGACAAAGGGGGCAAAAAGAGUUUUUGGACUAAGAGCCCGUUUGGAUUGGCUUCUAAGUUGCUUAUAAGUUGUUUUCAGCUUUUUGAGUG